AUGGCAGCGGUAGAUGUGGAUGUCGUAGAGAGUGCUUUGAGAGAUGUGAAUUUAUCUAGUGGUAGAGAAAUUGUUUUAAAACCAGAGCAAGAAUCAGCAGUAAGGGCUCUUUUAGCCGACAGAGAUGUCCUGGCAGUUUUGCCGACCAGAUACUACAAGAGUUUAAUUUACCAAAUGUUUGUACGCGUGAAGAACUACGAGCUAAAUGGUAAUGCGGCGAUUCUCGUCAUUUCGCCACUGAAAAGUAUUAUCGAAGACCAGUUGCAGGAGAUGGACUUGUUGGGCUACCCAGCGAAAGAUUUGGCCAAUUUAUCGAACGAUGACAUUCGCCGAUGUAACUUCAAAAUUGCUUUUGCAACCGCCGAAAAAGUCAAAGAGAAGCCCUUCCGAGCAAUGUUGGUGGACUCCAAAUCGAAGUUACAUCGAAACAUCUCGCCUAUUUUGGUGGAUGAAUCUUUAAACUCGGUAGACAGCGCCAUUCUAACUGCUUCCAAAUUGUGUGCUCUCAUUUCCGGAUGCUUGAAUGCUAUAUUGGCUGCCUUCUUCCAGUUACGCAGGGCCAGGUUUUAGAUCAAGGACUUAGUCGAGACGUCAAAAGUACUACGCACAACAACCUCGGCAUUGGGGUUUAAUAUAAGCACUUUUAACUGCUUGCCAGUAGAUUCUGCGAGGUCAUCGAUAUUUAGGUGGCAUGUUAAAACAUCACCGCCUGGAACAUUAGAGAUGGUAUCCUGCGAUAAGACAGCACCAUCUAUCUUUUCGCUCUCUGCCGCUGCACUAUCUUCAGAAAACUGAAGGGACUUUCUUGAACUACCGCACUCGGUUAAUUCUUCAUCUGGGUUUCCUGGACGUCUUUUCCCUUUUUGGCGAUCAGGAGUUACUGUUGUGGGAAGUUCUCAUUUGCUCGUGCAUUCUUGUAAAUCGCUUUCCUCUGUUUCAUUGCCUGUCGCCGAAUCAUUACUACAGGUAACAGCUGUAUGA